AUGGACAAGAGCAUCAGCAUCGGCACAAGCGCUUCAAUCACCUCCAACGUAACCACGACGACGACCUCCAUGGAGAAGAUCGAUCAGGUGGCGAGCUGGGUCAGCGCCUCAAUCAUCUCCGCUUUCUUCUCCUCUCUCGAACGAUGCGCCUGCGUCAAUCUCUCCACCUCUCACGAUGAAGACGAUGACGAGGAGUCUUACCACCGUCCCCUUGCUCUCUCCGCCGCUCCUCAUCCAAACGACACCGUUUAG